UUCCUACAGAUCCAUCAUUUGUUAUUUCGUGUCCUUCUUUUCUUCAUAUUCUCCACAUCCUCUGCGAAUGAAUACACAGCAAACUCACACAUUACAUGAGUGACCUUCAUCGUGAAGUGUACGUGCUUUAAAUUGAAUGCAGCCUGUUGUGGAAUCCCUCUAAUAUCUCGAUGAGGACUUACGGUGAUAAAUCCAUGGGAAUUGAUUAAAAUAUCUAAUUAACUGAGUCGUGCCAGUGACAAACGCGCACACUGGGUGCAUGGUUUCCACGUUGCAGUUUUUCUCAGUGUUCUUGAUGCAUGUGAAGUCAAGCCAGCAGCUGUUUCUUCUCCUUUAUCGUGACACUUAUUCUUGAGCGUGUGUGGGUUUUUUUUUUUUUUGUGCAAAGUCAGAGAACGGAGGCAGGAAAGAGGAGGGACGCCCCGCACACGCUGCAGCCGCGGACGUGCGCGCACCGCUGGAGGCAGUCGAGCUGCAGAGCCGGGACUGUUUGGAGGAACUCUGGACGGGAGAGGAGCUGGGUGGGCAUCGUCACACGUGAGGAGUCUGCACAGAUACAACAAACACACAAACUAUGUCUGCGGCGGCUCGACGCGCACACGGACCCGACUCUGAUGAAUGAGCGCACAGCUGGACACCUUUUCUGCGUUUCCUGCUUGUGUUGUCUGAUCUGUCCACGGUGAGAGGAGACGACACGGCGGCCGCAGCUCCCCCGUGCCUGCUUCACCCUGCCUCGGUGUGGCAGGGCGUCAAGGUGCGGCAUCAGCAGCAGCAGCAGAGGGAGAGGAGAGGAGAGGAGGAAGAGCCGUCGCUGUUCUAUCCACUGUCCACAGCGACGUGACGACUUCCACCGAGAGGAGACGGAGACACAGAGAGGACACUAUGUCAAAGGAGACUAGAGGAAAAGGUUCAUCUCGAAAGCACAGUGCCCCUCACUGGUGUCUGCAGAAUAUCGCACAAGAAUCAGUUGACAGCUCUGAUGAGGAAUUCUUUGAUGCCAGAGCAGAUGUUAUGGAGGGGAAGAGCGCCAUUCUGCUGGGUAUGAGUCAGUGGAACUCGAAUGACCUGGUGGAGCAGAUCGAAACACUGGGGCACAUGGAGGACCAGUCACGUGAAGGUCUCUACCAGCUGGGUGGCCGGCACUGUGCCCCUCAGAGCAGCGUUGAAGGACUGGAGGACACAGAGAGGAAGUGUAAGACCCAUGUGCUGCUGCUCGUGGUGCACGGGGGAAACAUCUUGGACACGGCAGGUGGAGACCCCAGCACGAAGGCCGGUGAUGUGGCCACUUUGGCGUCAGUGCUGGAGAAGGUGGCGCGGGCGCAUUUUCAGGCUGCUGCAGAACACGUGAUGAUCAAGCUGGUGCCAUGUCCGGCCGUGUGCGCUGAUGCCUUCUCCCUGGUGUCCAAUCUGAACCCAUACAGCUACGAUGAAAGCUGUGUGUCCAGCAGCGUGGACCACCUCCCCCUGGCUGCCCUCCCCCUCCUCGCCAUCGUCUCACCACGCUACCAGGAUGCUGUAGCGACCAUCAUCGCUCGAGCCAACCAGGUGUACCACAGCUUCCUGCAGUCAGAGGACGGCCAGGGAUUCACGGGUCAGGUUUGCCUGAUGGGCGACUGCGUGGGAGGUGUGCUUUGCUUUGACGCUUUGUGCUUCAGCAACAACCAGAGGCCUGGGAGCCCCGACAACAGCAGCAGGAACAACAGCACCGAGAGCCUGAAGGAUAACUCGGGCCUGCUUGGGGAGUCAGGCCCGGGUCUGAGUUCUAGCAAGAGGCUGAGCAAGAGCAACAUCGACAUCUCGGCACCCAACGAGGGGCACGGCCAGAGUGGGCCGCCGCUCAGCCGGAAGCAGAGCGACUCGUACGAUGGAGAUACCACAUCCACCAGCCAGCACAGCUUUUUUUCCAGUUUAAUGAAAGAAGGCGUCGAGCUGCGUGGCAACAGCAGCACCAGUCUGGUGUUGAACCCAGGACGAUUCGACUUCGAAGUGUCAGACUGCUUCCUGCUGGGCUGCCCGCUGGGCCUCGUGCUGGCCAUGAGACGCACUGUGCUACCUGCUGUCCAGGUGAGUCAGCUCCAUCCAGCCUGCUCUCAGAUCUUCAACCUCUUCUAUCCCUCGGACCCUUCAGCCUCCAGACUGGAGCCGCUGUUGCAGCCUCUCUUCCACAAGUUGCCACCGUUUGCCGUGCCCCGCUACCAGCGCUACCCUCUGGGCGACGGUCGCUCGAUGCUCAUAGUGGAAAGCAUCCAAGGCCACGCAAACGUCUUUUUAGAAGGAGAACAUACUCAAGGAGGUCCGGCUCCGCAGCAGUCCUCUGAGACGAGCCCCGAGGGAGGAGGGAGAGAAGAGGGAGGUCGCAGAGGCAGCGGGACCAGUGUGGAAAGCGAAACGUCAAUUUGCUCCAUGGGCCAGCUGGGAAACACCAUCGCCAACAUUUCCAGUAGCUGGUGGGGCUCCAAAAGGCUGGACUAUGCUCUGUACUGCCCUGAUGUGCUUACGGCCUUCCCAACUGUGGCUCUGCCACACCUUUUUCAUGCCUCCUACUGGGAAUCCACUGACGUAGCAGCUUUUGUUCUCCGGCAGCUCAUGCGAUGUGACUGUGUGAAGAACCAGGAAGCGGACAAUUUGGACUCUGCUCCAUUCUCUCCCUCCAGCCCACGAGAAAAAUGGCUCAGAAGGAGGACACAUGUCAAACUAAGGAACGUCACAGCCAACCACAGGGUGAACGAUGUCAUCGCUACCGAGGACGGACAUCAAACUCUGGUUGGGCGCUUCAUGUACGGCCCCUUGGACAUGGUCACUCUGACGGGGGAGAAGGUGGACGUCCUGCUGAUGACACAACCUCAGUCUGGCCGCUGGGUGCACUUUGACACCGAGGUGACCAAUAGCAGCGGCAGAGUCACAUAUACCAUACCCAAGAGCAAGAAGCUCGGCCUGGGAGUCUAUCCGAUUAAAAUGGUGGUCAAGGGGGAUCAAACGAGCGCAGAGGCCUACCUGACUGUGUUGCCACGGGGCAUGGAGUGUGUGGUCUUCAGCAUCGACGGCUCUUUUGCGGCCAGUGUGUCAAUCAUGGGCAGUGACCCCAAGGUCCGCCCCGGAGCUGUCGAUGUUGUCAGGCACUGGCAGGACCUGGGAUAUCUGAUCAUCUACAUCACAGGCCGCCCUGAUAUGCAGAAGCAGCGUGUGGUAUCGUGGCUAUCGCAGCAUAACUUUCCCCACGGGAUGAUCUUCUUCUCUGAAGGCUUGGUUCACGAUCCGCUGCGACAAAAGACCAUCUUUCUCAGGAACCUCAUACAGGAGUGUCAUAUUAAGAUCAACUCUGCUUAUGGCUCCAUGAAGGACAUCUCUGUUUACAACAUGCUUGGGCUAACUCCCUCACAGAUUUAUAUUGUUGGCAGACCUUCGAAGAAGUACCAGAAUCAGUGCCAGUUUCUGAGUGAGGGCUAUGCAGCGCACCUCUCCACCCUUCAAUUUGGACACAGAGCCAGACCCAAGAAAUCCCCCUCGGUUCGUAUGGUCCUGAGGAAAGGCUCGUUUGGUCUCCCGGCAAAGCCUGACUUCCUGUGUAAGCGCACCCACUUGCGCAGGACCAUGUCGGUACAACAGCCCGACCCGCCUUGCACACCAAACCCCAAGCCUGAGCGAGCCCAGAGCCAGCCGGAGUCUGAUAAGGACCAUGGGGUGGGAGGAGGUGGAGGACAAGGUGCAUGGGGACGUGCCUCCAUGCAUCGUGGAGACACGACUCCCUGACGUGAAAAAGGGAUUGCAUUAGGACAGAAGAGAAGAACAAUGAGGUCUCAGUGUCCAGGUCCAAGCGUCACCUCUACCUACUGUACACUGGAUCCACUGCUGGUUUCCUUCCCAGCUCAGCUUUACCUCCUGCUUGGCCCUCUACACUUUCCCACCUGUCCUGCCUUUUUGUCCUGACCUGCUUGUGGAUAAUGUUGCUUAGUCGUUGUGCCUGAAAUUUUCAGAAGAUGCCAGGGAUAGCGAUGACUCUCGCGAAUGUCUGUGUCUUAAAGUCACAGGCAUGUAUUGGAGAUGCGAAGGAUGAAAAGAGUGGCAUCUCUGGAGACUUUGUCCCAGUUCAAGCAGCAGCUCCCAGUCAGACUGCUGUGCAGACAGGUGGUCAUGCUGACUGACUCCUGCACUGAUGUAAAUACUCAUCACACACCAUCCGUCUGUGGGCCUCUGGACACAGAGACAGUGUGACACGUCUGUGACACGUCUGUGACACAGUUGAGGUUCAACUUGGGCAUAAACUCUGAUCUGGAUCCACUGACCCCCUCCCCCAUUCUGCCUCACUUCACCUCCUCUGUUAGUGGAAUUCUUAUACUCCGUCCUUCCCCACUAUCUUCCUUCCUUCCUUCUUUCCUUCCCAUCAACCAGACAGGCAGAACAUGCCUUUCGACAGCCUCCUCAGACCGGGUCCACAGCAGCUGAAGCGCCGUGAUGUGCCCCCCCGCGGGCCCCUGAGGUCACAUUUGCACUAUCAAAGUACACCUCGGUUGAACUGCGGCACUAGCUUCAGAAACAAAGAGUUGUAUUUCUAUUUUGUCGUUGUUCUUGUUGUUUCCUGCAGACUGUGAGCUGUUGCUGUCUGUCAGUAACUGUAGCUCCUGGAGGGAUUAAACAAAAGUGCAAGUGUUGAUUUGACCAAAAAUGUUUACAGAUGGAUGGACACAGCUGUAAAAAGUGAUCUGUAGUGUAUCUGCAUCUAAUUACAAAGACGGUGUAAUUAUCAUUAUUGUUAGUUUAGUUGCUCGGUAGCUGCGGUAGCUUGCAGGAUAUUGUACAAUAGACCCCACGCCAGUUGAAGCUCUACCAGGACGCUGCUGCAUCCAUUUCUCACAGCCGCCCUGGAACUGAUAGGUUUGUGAUGAAAUCUGGUGCUGUCUUGUGCACUCCAGGUUGAAUUGAAUCUUAGCGUGGCCGUGUUUAAAACUCUGUGCAAGUCAAAAAUAUUUUUCUAUGAGGAAAUAUUGUAAAUAGGAAUAUUUUCAAUGUAUGUUUUUGAAUGUUUUUAUUGUUUGACUCGUUGAAUGGUUGAUUUAUUUGCCUUAAAUUGUAUUUGAUGUGUAGAGAUACAAAGUAUUAAUUUAACCAAAGUAUUGAGUUUUACUGUUACAUCAUGACAAAGUGCAUUUUAUCCUACUGAUAUUUUACUUUGACAUAGAUAGUGUUAAUGUGUGUGUGCGUGUGUGUGUGUGUGUGUGUGUGCGAAGGUAUUUGUUGUGAAGUUCCAUAACUGUGAAUUUAAAGACAGUAAUGAUAAGUAAAGGCGUCUGCAGAGGAAUCUGAGGACACAUCAUGUUGUCACUGCAGCUCACUGCUAGUGGUGUUUCAGAGCUGAAAGAGUAUUUUUAUAGGUUUGGAUCGAAGCGGUUUGUCAGAGGAUUACUUGGUGAAGGUCUUUAUACCUGCUCUGAAAGAAAAGGGCUUAAGUUAAGUUCUUAAGGUGUCUCGUUCUUGCAGAAAUCCUGCAUUGCGGAGUGGAACGUGUUAGCCAGGAGUGAGCUGUCUUUGACUCUGUUUCCUUUACCUCCUCAACACAAUACAGUAAGUGGUCCAGUAAUUAGCUGUUUGAUUGCUACCAGGUAUGUAAGACUCCCUGUAGUGGCGCCCCUGUUAUUGUAGUGCACCAAUUAGCAUAACUUGGUGAUUGUAUGAUAUUGUUGAGACAGUCACAUCCUAAACUUGGUACUAAACUUGAUUUUGUUUUGCGUUUAAAACUGCAAAUGCAGAAACUUCGUUGUUCAAGCAACAAUACAAUCAUUCCCAUUAAUGUACACUCACAGAAUCAAAAUUACUGUCAGUCCGUAUAUAUAGCACAUAGUGAUAUUUUUCUGCCAUGAUGAUUCACUGGAGCAGUGAAAUAUUUAAACUGGGCAGCAUUUCAUUAAACUAAUCUUAGUAAAUGGCAAAUAAGGAUUUAAUGGUUAAAUGGUGAUUGUUCUGUGCAUGUAAAUUAUUUGGAUAUUGUUAAGUAGUAAGCCGUCAUGUCUGUGGUGCUCUCAACUAAAAUGAGUAGUUAUCUGUAAUUAGGGGUGAACAUUUAUUCUUGGACAAAUGUGACCACAGUUCUUCAAUUUAUUAUAAAUAACUAAAAUAUGUUUUAAUUUCAACAGUAGAAAUACUGUAAACGAGGCAAAGCACUGUUAAUAAUAAUAAUAAUAAUAAUAAUAAUAAUAAAUACUACGUUACCUCAGACCUUCACUCAUUUAGUGGAAUUGAUAGAAACUGAUAGAAACAAGACAAAUGAAGGAGAAAACCUUCUCUGAAACUCUACUAAACAGUUAGAACACCAUAUUUCCAAAAUAUAUUCCCUCAUUUUGUAUUUUGAUUGUUGAGCACUGACAGAUCAUCAAUAUUGAAAUGUUACACCAUAUUAUAAAAGUAAACACAGGAGGAUUAGCUACAUAAUGUACAUUUAUUGUAUUUAUGAAAAGAUGUCUUACACAAUUAUUGUCUUCAAAUAGAUACAAAUGAAUGUUGUCAAAUGAUUAGUAUCCACCAAAUCAUGACUUAACUAUUGGGUGUUGUCCUAAUUUGCCAUUUAUUAACAACUCUUAUGACUUUAAGUGACAGCUUCUUUAAAAAUUGUCAAAUUAAUUUUCUUCUGUGGUCUUAUUUUUGGUCUUAUGAGUACAUGUAUACAACAUUGGCUUUUUGACUAACUAGGAAAAACUGCUGGUUUCACUGCUGCAAAGUUUAUUGUUUUGCACACCUCUCCUGUGAUGAUGAUCAUGUUAUUGUGUUUGUUGCACUCAGUUCACCUUUCACUGUUGCAUAAAUAAAGA